AUGGAAGCGUCAAGGCCGGAAGCUGGCGAUGGCAUAAAGAUCCUCCACGCUAGCCUAUACCGCAUGGGAACUUGGUCCAUGGCCAAAGCCUACCAGACACUUGGCUACACAACCUACCAUGGUCUCGAUGAGCCAAUGAGUGUGGAUUGGCGACUCGUUGAACAAGCCGCAGAAGCGACCUGGCCGUCGGUGCCCAAUGCAAGCCCCAGGCCGCCCUUUACGCGUGACGACUGGGACAGCCUCUGGGGCAAUCGCUAUGAUGCAGUCUGCGAUACUUCGGCGCCCUUUACUUUGGAGUUAUUCAAGGCGUAUCCCCACGCCAAAGUUGUACUCGUGCAAAGAGAUUUCGACUCGUGGUGGUCUAGCUUUCAGAAAGAGAUACUAGACAAGCUCUUUGCGCCCUUCUUUGAGGUCCAAAUCUUCUUGGCGUGGUAUCUCGUCGGCUUUCGAGGCGGUCAUGCCAUGAGGAAGCUGGUUUUUGGCUUCUUCAAUGCCACAACAAGGACAGAGAUUGAGGCGCAUGGCAGGGAGACGUACGAUGGAUUCUUCAAACAGGUGCGGGCUACUGUGCCACCAGAGCAGCUACUGGAAUACAGGUUGGGUUCUGGCUGGGAACCACUUUGUGAGUUUCUGGGCAAGGACGUCCCCAAUAUAUCGUUUCCUCAUUUGAAUGAACGAAAGGUUCAUUCAGAGGGUAUUAGUCUAGAAAAAGGAGACAUCUUGUUUGCCAUGUCGAAAAAAGCUAUGUUGGGCACUAUGGGCGUUGGGAUUUCUGUCGCGGCAAUCUGGUGGCUUCUGGGAAACUGA